GCAUCUUCAGAGGGGCAGAGAGCGCGCCAGCAGGGGGCGGAGCCUGGAGCGACUCAUAAAGUUCGUGUCUACUGAGAGCUGCUUACCUGUGCGCCAAAACGCACAUAUUGACUCACUCGGACCGUCCGCGAUGGAGCAGACCAGAUGAAAUAUGAUGAGGAUAUUAUUAUUUUUCUGUGCACGUUUUUCGACGAAGGGAAGAAGCAGCAGAGCUGAUCUGAGACAAAGUUUCUCCAACCUGAGUGCAUUUAUUCCAUAAAGAGAAUAACAGCAGCAGCUCCGAGGACAAACAGGUUUUUUUUUAUGCAUCGCCAUCCCACCAUGUGCUAAUCUUCUCAGAGUUACCCGAAAGAUAGUGAGCAACACUUUGAGCGGCCGACCUCAUCGACAGUCUUGCACCUGCACCAGCCUCUCUCAUGGCCCACCCUUACGAGCCUUGGUUACGGACAGCACCAUCAAGUGGCAGCUCAGAAGACAUGAACAUCCCCUCCUGGUGGGACCUCCACAGGGACGUCCAACCAGGGAGCUGGAUAGACCUGCAGACGGGGCAGGGAGUCGGCUUGCCUUCAGUGAAUCCAGGGAGCUCCAUGGGUUUGCAGCACUCUUUAGGGCCCUACGGAUCUGACCCGCAGCUGUGCAGCCUGCCUCCAGCUCAACUCGCUCCGGGCUCACACUCAUCUCACCUCUUCCCCCAGGAUGGCUUCAAGAUGGAGCCAAUGGCCCCUGAAAUGCUGCAGCAAGAAUCGUUCUCCCUGGAGGAACCACAGGAGAACGCUGUGUCAGCCCGCCCCAAGCCCCAGCGUCGCUCCUCUUCCAGGGGCGCCGGCCAGGCCGCGUGUCGCUGCCCUAACUGCGUCCACGCUGAACAGAUGGGCCAGAGCACCGACGACAGCAGGAGGAAGCACAUGCACAACUGCCACAUCCCCGGCUGUGGCAAAGCUUACGCCAAGACAUCCCAUCUGAAGGCUCACCUACGAUGGCACAGCGGUGACCGGCCGUUCGUCUGCAACUGGCUCUUCUGCGGCAAGAGAUUCACGCGCUCUGAUGAACUGCAGCGCCACCUUCAGACGCACACCGGUGCUAAGAAGUUCAGCUGUGCAUUAUGCCCUAGAGUGUUUAUGCGCAAUGACCACCUGGCCAAGCACAUGCGCACACACGAAUCCCCGCCAGGACAUGGGGAGGAGAGGGUAAACGGAGACGGGAAGAUGGAUAAGGGCUUUGAUACACCGACACCUCCUCAGUCCUCCUCAAAUGUGUCUGCGUCUGACACCACAGAGCCUCCGCUGAAGCUGAAAUGUGAGACAGACCCCUCGGUCUCCAGCGUGACAGGGCAGUCCGGCUAAUUUCAUCACUUUCACAAGAUUUUUUUUUGCAGUUAAAGGUUUUGUUCCCCUCUUUGUCAUUGAAGUGUCAUAGUUUUACGAUAGAAUAGAGAAUAGAAAAAAAGGUUUGGACAAACUUUCACUGAUGAAAGUUGGAUGGAACAGAAAGUGUCUGUGGUCCUGUGAAUUUAUCAACUGGGCUAACUCAGUGAUAAUCUAAAUGUUAUAGCACACAGCAAAAAAAACACACAAAACAGGAAUUAUACUGAAGCUGUGGAUGCAGCUUUCCUCUGUUCACUAGAAGUGAAAGUUGGCUACGGAGGCGACCAAGCUGAAGCCGCGGCUUGUUGCUGGACUUCCAUUGCUGCUAGAGCUACUACCAGCAGUAGACCAAGAGACUGGGAUGAGAUUAACUGAAGGUGGCUUGUUAACAUGUUUACAAUGAAAUGAAUCAAAUGUGUUACUGGAAGUGUUGGAGAAAUAUUUGUCUACAACACAUUUUAAUAUACCACUUUCAAAGGCAGCAUGCUUUUGAACGGAGAAAAGAGACAGCGAUACUUUGUUUUGGUCUCAGCCUGUCACUAUAUGUGUGUGUAGCCUACUGUUCAAGUUGUGAUAAGACACUGGAAUAUAAUACAACAUUUUGUCAUUUUAAAAAUGUCAGUAGCCAUUUGGAUGGUGAAAGUUCAUGCCACAAACUAGGUGUGGGUGAAUGUUGGUAUGUAAGUAAUUAAAGUGGAUAAACAAAAUGAAAGUACAACAGACAAUAAUGCUGUACUGUGGCAGCAUUCUAAAAUGUUGAUAAUAUAAUAUAUAACAUAAUAUAAAAAAUGGGAAUUCCAUGCACUACGAAGGCUCGUAUUUACCAAAGAAUUGUGUGUUUCUGUUGCCAGCGUAGUUAUGAUGGCAAAACACUUAUUACAGCGGCAGUAGGCAGUAUAUUUUUGGCAUCAUCAAGCAAAAAUCCCAUAAUCACCUUUCAGCAUAUUGUAAUUCAAGUGUUCUGAGAGAAAACUAGACUUCUGUUCCUCAUCAUGGCUCUGUUUUCAGGCUUUAGAAAAUCUAGCCUGUGAGGGUAGACUUUGACCAAUCACAGGUCAUUUCAGAGAGAGAGCGUUCCUAUUGGCCGUUCAUUCAACGGUGGCAGCUACCGGUCAUGUGACCAGUAGUUGGGCAUUCCUUCAAGAAAAUUCACAAUGGCUACUGCGACACAAACUUUCUCAUUUUACGGCUAAACCGUGCACUACAAGAUGAUUCUGAAAACAUUUGAGGAGAGAAAUAGGCAUUACAGUAACAGAAUAUUGAUUCAUAUUUGAUCAGCGCUGCCUAGUUUGA